GGGCUAUCAUACUAUUUUCGCUCGCUAAACGCUAUACAAUUUCUCUCCGAUCCAUCCCAAUUAAGCUAUCAAUGGAGGAAAUGGGUACAGGUGUAAAGAGCAGUUAUAUUGAUUCCACUGAAACUGUGCAGCCAGUCGUCCUCGUGAACGAACCUGGUUAUGUCGCUGCUGUUGGGGGCAUUCCAAAUCACCUUAAAAUUGAGGGUGGGAUGUCAUAUGGGAUUCGUUUUCCCAUUUCGAUGUAUCCCAAAAAUCUGCCUGAAGAUCCUACUGAACGGCGAAGGGUUUUCUUUGAAAUUUUCGAGAAACGCCAUGCACAAAAGAUGCCCCAGAGGGCCUGUUUGCUUUGCGAGCAGUUGUUGCCGGAGGAGUAUUUUAUAGUCCGUAUCAAUUCAAGUGGACCACACCCUUCAGAGUUCUAUGACUCUCGGGCUCCCAAGUCCAUCCCAUCCCAAUCAAUGGAGGAAAAGGGUAAAGGUGUAAAGCAGUCCAUCCCAUCCCAAUCAAUGGAGGAAAAGGGUAAAGGUGUAAAGCGCAGUUAUAUUGAUUCCACUGAAACUGUGCAGCCAGUCGUCCUUGUGAACGAACCUGGUUAUGUCGCUGCUGUUGGGGGCAUUCCAGAUCACCUUAAAAUUGAGGGUGGGAUGUCAUAUGGGAUUCGCUUUCCCAUUUCGAUGUAUCCCAAAAAUCUGCCUGAAGAUCCUACUGAACGGCGAAGGGUUUUCUUUGAAACUUUCGAGAAACGCCAUGCACAAAAGAUGCCCCGGAGGGCCUGUUCGCUUUGCAAGCAGACGUUGCUGGAGGAGUAUUUUAUAGUAAAUAUCAAUUCAAGUGGACCUUACCCUUCAGAGUUCUAUGACUCGUGCUCCCAAGUCCAUCCCAUCCCAAUCAAUGGAGGAAAGUGAAGAAGACGGUUGUUCUGAUUGGACUAUUGAAAACAGGGAAGUUGUCAUCAACAAACCUGGAUCUGUCACUUUUGUGGGAGGUAGAGUAAUUAUAAUUUUAUAAUGAUUUCUCCAUCAAUUUUAAUUAUUUGAUCACAUCAAGCAGUAGGCAGAGGCACAUAGCCUAGAUCCACUGUGACAAAGUGAAUAUUCUGCAAUUUCAAUGUAUGUAUUGAGUUUCAUAUCUUUAUUUUAUAUAUAUAUACAUAUUUAUGUUAUAUUUUAUUGAGCAACUUGAUUUAUCUGUCUAUAUAUAUAUGUUUUCUACAACAUUGCAGUUGGAUCUGCUUUUGAUGAGCUCAACAAGGACAAUGACGGUGAAACAUGAUUUUACGCUUAUGCUUGUGACUAGUACUCUAGUAUUACAUAUUCAGUAUCAAUGUUAGUGUUAGUUGUCGUAAUUCGGCACUGGUCAUAAAUUUCAGGCUGGUUAUUGUUCUCAAGUAUAAUGCUAGUUAUCAUCUGAAAACA